GUGAGGUUUUCAAAAUGGCCGACGAAGUAAGUAAGAGGCAUUGAAAACAGCUGAAGUUUUCAAAUUAUUCUCCCUUCUAUGAAGGACGCAGAAAGUUGAGUUGGCCGACAGUUUAGGGCUAUAGGUAUCGUAGAAAGUCUAGUGCCUUUUGUACCUUGUUUGGACCUUUGGAUUACACGUAUUCAAUGAAUUAAUCAACACUGGUUUGCGUUUCUUUACAAAAAUAUGGUUAUUUUGUCCUAGUUUCUCUACCAUAAUAUUGAUAAUGUUAAGUAAUCGAAAGGCUUGAGAACGAUUUAUGUAUUAUGAAUAAAACCAUGGAAGAUGAAUCAAACUUAGAAAUAGAAGAAGAGGAAGAAGGAGAAGGAGAAAAAAUGGCUGAAGAACUAGAUCAGGAGACAUUAGGACCAGUAGCAAGCCAUAAGACAAAAAGCUAUGGUAUUUCUAUUGACUCAUCGCGUAUCAGAGCAGUACCUGUAGAAGAACAAUCCUCAGUGUUGAGAGGAUUAGGGAUUGAUGUAUUUAACCAAGAGGAGUUUGAAGAGGGAGUAUUGCAGCAGGUUGAUGAAGCUAUUGCAGCAAAAGAAAUGGAAGCACUUGUUAAAAGUUGGGAAAAGCAAUUAAAAUCUGUAGAGGAAGAAAUCAGGACCACCAUCCAAGAGAUUGACCAAACAGAAAGGAUUCUCAAAGGAAUUGAAGCAUCAGAAAUCAGUAGCUAUGAAUCACGAAGACGAGCAGAAUCAGUCAGAAGACAACAUGACAACAAGUUGAAGCAGUUGAAAAAACUUGAGGCCACACAAAAAUCUCUGCAGAAUAAGAUUGGUCUUGAUGGAGAGGAAGAAGAAGUGGAAGUAGAAUAUGAUGAUAAAAAAUGUACUGUAGCAGAAGGGCAUGAGAAAGAUACUGGUCAAACCAGUAUUUUGCAGAACAGACUUCAAAUAAUGAAAGAAAUUGAGCAAGAACGUGAAAAGUUGAUCCAAACAGGACAAAUGACACCUUUUGGAGGGUUUGUCAGUGUCCCUGGUACUUCAAAAGCACAAGACAUAUAUGAGGAUGAAGCUGACGAGGUUAAUGACAACAAUGAUGACACAAAUGACAUUUGUCAAUCACCUGUCGAAGUUGACAGUGAUGAAUACAUCCCUGAUGAGCAGGAGUUGCGUGAUAGCUGGUACGACAAUAAACCUUCAAGCACCAGAGCAAGCAUUAGGAAAUUGAGCAAACCUUCCUUGAAGAAGAAGCAGACCAUUCCAUCUUCAAAUGUACGAUACACAGAGGAUGAUGCUGUGGAAAUCAAGUCUAAGAAGACAAAAAAGAAGGUUGUUGAUAGGUUUAAGAGCAAAGCUGUAGAUGAUGGGGAUGAUAAUUUGUUUAGGAAAAGAAUAAGACAUGAACGAAUCCAGAAACUACUGAAAGAACAAGCUAAACUAGAUGCAAAUGCUGAAAGUGACAGCGAGGAAGAGAUGCCAGACAUGGAGUUUGACAACAGGAUGAAAAUACCUGGGAAUAUCUGGCACAGACUGUAUGCAUACCAGCAAACAGGAGUCAAGUGGUUAUGGGAGCUUCAUUGCCAACAAGCUGGUGGUAUUGUUGGUGAUGAGAUGGGCCUCGGCAAAACCAUACAAGUGAUAGCCUUUCUGGCUGGACUCAAAUACAGCAACAUAGGCUCCAAAAAAUCCAGGCAUAGUCUAGGGCCAGUGUUAAUCGUAUGCCCAGUAACGGUCCUACAGCAAUGGGUUGCUGAGUUUCACAAGUGGUCUCCUGAGUUUCGAGUUGCAGUACUUCACGACACUGGUUCUUACCAAGGAUACAAGGAGACCUUGGUCAGGAAGAUUUGUCAAGCCAAUGGUGUCAUAGUGACAUCAUAUUCUGGUGUGCGCAUGAAUGCUGAUUGCUUAUUGGCUCAACGCUGGGAUUAUGUAAUAUUAGACGAGGGACAUAAGAUUCGGAAUCCGGAUGCCGAGAUCACUCUUAUUUGCAAACAGUUUCGUACACCCCAUCGAAUCAUCCUCAGCGGGACUCCAAUGCAGAAUAACCUGCGUGAGCUGUGGUCUUUGUUUGACUUUGUAUUCCCGGGAAAACUUGGUACACUCCCAGUAUUUAUGACGGAAUUCUCAGUGCCCAUCACAACUGGAGGCUACGCUAAUGCCUCUAGUAUCCAGGUUCAAACUGCCUACAAGUGCGCAUGCGUACUGAGAGACACUAUCAAUCCUUAUCUACUGCGAAGACUAAAGAAAGACGUGAAGAUGAGUCUGGACUUACCCGACAAAAACGAACAGGUUUUGUUCUGUCGGCUAACGGAAGAGCAGCGUGAGUUGUACCAAGAGUAUCUAGAUUCCAGGGAAGUCCAGUCAAUUCUGGCUGGAAACUACAAGGUAUUUCCUGGCCUUAUAAUGUUACGAAAGAUCUGCAACCAUCCCGACUUGACCUCACAAGCAGGUUCUCUGAUCAAAGCCAAGCAAGACAAAUUGAAAGCUGAAAAGGGUCUUCUCCAGCCCCCGGACGAGGAUGACGGCUACGGGGACUGGAGACGAGGUGGGAAAAUGAUCGUGGUCGAGGCACUCUUGAAGUUGUGGAAAGCACAGGGACACAGAGUGCUUUUGUUUUCACAGACAAGACAGAUGCUGAAUAUACUGGAGAUGUUUGUGAAAUCACGUGGUUAUUCUUAUCGACGAAUGGACGGCAGCACGUCUGUAUCGUCAAGACAGCCCCUCGUCAACAAAUUCAACCAGGAUCCUUCGAUUUUCGUCUUCCUGUUGACGACACGAGUUGGAGGAAUUGGAGUGAAUCUUAUAGGUGCAGACAGAGUCAUCAUCUACGACCCUGACUGGAACCCAAGCACGGACACACAGGCCCGUGAGCGUUCGUGGAGGAUUGGGCAGUUGAAGAAAGUUACUAUAUAUAGACUGCUGACGUCAGGAACGAUCGAAGAAAAGAUAUAUCACAGACAAAUAUUCAAGCAGUUCUUGACAAACCGAGUGCUGAAGGACCCCAAACAAAGGCGCUUUUUCAAGACCAACGACCUCUUCGAACUGUUCACUCUUGAUGAAAGUUACAAAAAACAAGGCACGGAAACCAGCGCCAUAUUUGCUGGCACAAACUGCGAGAUUAAUGUACGUGUAAAGAAAAAACGAAAAGCUGUAGACCCAAGAGAAUCUGCACAGCCGCUUAAGAAGACCAGAAGCAUCGAGAAGCAGAAGAAAAAAUCUAAAACAACGAAUAAGAUUACAACUGUGCAGGACGAUGGAGGUGCAUUCAGUAUCGAUGCUAGAGAUAUCAUGGAAAUAUCCUCGGCCAAUAGAAAUGCUUCAGACAAAACUAACGAUGCAAAGGAUACUUCCAAAACACCGAUAAAAAAUGAAGAAACGAACGAGAAAGAAGACUCGCAAGACCAAAAGCAAUUGAAUACUGGUGUGACGAAAAUUAAUACCAGCGAGGUUGAUAUCAAAGGCAUUGAAAAUCAAAGCAGAGAUCUACAAGAUAACGUCACUGGUAUGAUGACAGCAGUGAUAAACGAUGGUUCAUCACGUGAUAUUGGAAUCACGUGUUCCGCUCGUGAUAAUCUCCCUGAAGAGGAAAUGACGUUGAGUAAGCCAAUAAAUGACGCGACGUCGAGGAAAUCUGUACCGGAAGUGAAGUGGAGUAAACCAGUACAGGGAGUGAUGUUGACGCAACCAGAACAGAAAGGGAUGUCGAGUAAAUAUAUACAGGAAAUGACGUCAAGGCCGUCUACAUCAGGAGUGAUUGGAGAAAAGCAAAAGAAGACAAGGAAAGUUAAAGCUUCGUCAAUGAGUGACAAAGAGUUGAGAAAACAACUUAGGUUGAAAAAAGAGAAGAAAAGACGCAAAAAGAAAGGAAAAAUUGAAGGCCAAAUUAUUGAUAACCUUGACUAUCACGAGGUCUUCCAUGACUCAAGUACAACCGACCUGGAAGACCAAGAACACAACCGGGGAACCCAAAGUGAAGACUUGAUAUUAAAGACCUUAUUUAAAGAUGGCGGUGUCCACAGUGUAUUGCGGCAUGACGUCAUCAUGGACUCCGGUAACCCUGACUACACGUUGGUUGAGACAGAAGCAAACCGUGUAGCCAAGCAGGCAGUGAUGGCGUUAAAAAAGUCCCGCCAAAAAUGUCUUCGGGCAAGCGCUGGUGUUCCUACUUGGACGGGUGUGUCUGGGCUCUCGGGACUGGCAGAGACGGCUGCUAAGCCAAGACCGAAAUUUGGGAAACGUAACACGGCUUCAGCUUCACCUAAGCCUCCAAAGAAAAAUAAACCCGACGAGCCGUUAUUCAGCGGAGCAGUCAUGGGUUUGCGAGAAAAUAAAGACAGUGAAUCCGAUUCCGUAUCGUCCAAUCAGCUCCUCGCAAAAAUGCGAGCAAGAAAUAAUAUAUUACCCGACGAGGAGGCUGGCACUAGUACCGAGAUUGCCGGGACCGAGCAUGAUGGUUUGUUAGCAGAGGUAACUCAGUUUGUGUUGUCAGGGGCAACCGUACCAGGCCAGGCUACAUCGCAGGAAAUCGUCGAGCGAUUUAAGACACAGCUACCCCAGGAGAAUUCCUCGGUUUUUCGUGCAAUGCUUCGUCGAAUCUGCGAUUUUUCUCGAGGGAACGACAAAAGAGGAGUUUGGAAAUUGAAAAGUGAAUUUUUUUAAAAACUUCCUUCUUUGUAUAUAGUUUUGUUAAAUGUAUUACUCAGUCGUAUGGAAAAGAAAAUAUGUACAAGACAAAAUGAGUAGGUUAUUUACUCCCCUAGAUUAAACUCAAAAUAAGCCUUCAA